UCUCCAGCUCGUUGGGCAGAGUCGGAUCCGGACACUGGAUCUUUUCUUUGGGUCUUUUUUUUUUUUAAUCAGCCGGACCCCCUCACCCAUACCCACCCCUGUAGUCUCCCCAAGUCCCACCCACUGCUCUGCAACACACACCAGCGGAGCUCAUUUACUGGAUCUGCUCUUUGUUAUCAGAGCUUUUCCCUCCUCUUGUUUUUUUGAAAUUCAGGAGAGAGUGUGAGAACGGGAGAGAGAGAGAAAGAGAGAGAAAGGGAGUUUAUUUUCCCUUUCAACGGAUUGAUUUGUGGAGCUGAUUAGUUUUUCCUCUCCGUCACUUCAUGAGCCGUUGUAAUUAUAGUCAAAUAAACUGGUUCGAACCUCGGAAGACUGUUUCUCGCCCUCUUCCACUCGGCUUGUCAGUCUCUUUCACCACUGCAGUUGUCAACUUGAAGCCGUGCUGGGAAAUGGACAAACCCCUCUAAAGUGAAGACGCUGCUCGCCUCACCCACACAACAACCACAGGACGUGAUUUGGACGUGGAUCCCGGAGCGGAGCAACAAACCAGAGGAACAUGUUUACCUCUCUGUUUCUGUGGUAACAAAGAGGAGCAUGCACAUCCAGGCCCGGAGUUAACCUCAGCUUUCAUCCCCUCUGAACUACACUACCCUCAAUUCCCGUGAACUGACGACCAAAUCUGAAGUUAAGAUCAGUUAAUCAAGGACACCCCGAGGAACGUCAACUACAACGCUUCUGCUAAGAGGACCAAUAUGGCCAACAACACAGCAGACCACCCUCAGGGGAAUUCGGUUGCUGAGGGCAACCAUGACGGGGACUUUGGGGUGACCAUGACGGAUCUCAGAGGUCUGAUGGAACUGCGGAGCGCUGAGGCAGUCGGCAAGAUACGGGACGAUUUUGGAGAUGUGCAGAGUAUCUGCCGCCGCCUGAAAACAUCACCUAUAGAGGGUCUGUCAGGGAACCCUGUAGAUCUUGAAAAACGUCAUGCGACAUUUGGACAAAAUUUCAUCCCCCCGAAGAAGGCUAAGACAUUCUUGCAGCUGGUGUGGGAGGCUCUGCAAGAUGUCACACUUAUAAUCCUGGAAAUUGCUGCCAUCAUUUCACUGGGCCUGUCCUUCUACCAUCCACCAGGGGGCGACAGUGAAGCAUGUGGCCAGGUCGCAGGUGGUGUUGAGGAUGAAGGCGAGUCCCAGGCUGGCUGGAUCGAGGGUGCUGCUAUCCUGUUCUCAGUCAUCAUUGUGGUCCUGGUGACAGCCUUCAAUGAUUGGUCAAAGGAAAAACAGUUCCGUGGGCUUCAGAGUCGCAUCGAGCAGGAACAAAAGUUCACCGUCAUCCGGAAAGGCCAGGUCAUCCAGGUUCCUGUCGCUGAAAUUGUGGUGGGAGACAUCGCUCAGAUCAAAUACGGAGACCUGCUGCCUACUGAUGGGAUCCUGAUCCAAGGAAAUGACCUGAAGAUUGAUGAAAGCUCUCUGACUGGAGAAUCCGACCAUGUCCGAAAGUCUUUGGAGAAAGACCCUAUGCUACUGUCAGGAACACACGUGAUGGAGGGAUCGGGCAGGAUGGUGGUGUCCGCCGUUGGCCUCAAUUCUCAAACCGGCAUCAUUUUUACCCUCUUGGGCGCCAGUGAGCACGAUGAAGAAAAGAAGGUCAAGAAAAGUAAAAAACAAGGACCCCCCGAAAAUCGCAACAAAGCCAAGACCCGGGACGGCAUCGCCCUGGAGAUCCAGCCCCUGAAGAGCGACGAGGCUGCCGAGACUGAAGAGAAGGAGGAGAAAGAGGAGGCCAAACCGGUGAAGAAGGUCAAUGUGACCAAAAAGGAGAAGUCAGUGCUGCAGGGCAAACUGACCAAACUGGCUGUACAGAUUGGGAAAGCUGGUCUGAUCAUGUCAGCUGUGACCGUUAUCAUCCUCAUUCUCUACUUUGUGAUCGACACCUUCGGCAUCCAGGGUCGAACCUGGGUGGCUGAGUGCACCCCUAUCUACAUCCAGUACUUUGUCAAGUUCUUCAUUAUUGGGGUGACUGUGCUGGUGGUGGCAGUUCCUGAGGGUCUGCCACUCGCUGUCACCAUUUCACUGGCCUACUCUGUCAAGAAAAUGAUGAAGGACAACAACCUGGUGCGGCACCUGGACGCCUGCGAAACCAUGGGCAACGCCACGGCCAUCUGUUCGGACAAGACUGGCACGCUGACCAUGAACCGGAUGACAGUGGUGCAGGCGUACAUCGGUGACACACACUACAAAACUGUUCCUGAACCAGAGGCCAUCAAACCGGAGACACUAGAAGUUCUGGUCAACAGCAUCUCCAUCAACUCGGCGUACACAACCAAAAUCCUGCCACCAGAGAAAGAAGGCGGCCUGCCCCGUCACGUGGGCAACAAGACUGAAUGUGCUCUGCUGGGCAUGGUGCUGGAAGUAAAGAGGGACUAUCAGCCAAUCAGAGAUGAGAUCCCAGAAGAGAAACUCUACAAGGUUUACACAUUCAACUCCUCCCGCAAGUCCAUGAGCACGGUGCUUAAGAACGCUGAUGGAGGCUUCCGUAUGUACAGCAAAGGAGCGUCAGAGAUUGUCCUGAGGAAAUGCUCACGUAUCUUGGAUACCCAAGGCCACCCCCGUAUCUUCAAGCCCAAGGACCGUGAUGAGAUGGUGCGUAAGGUCAUUGAGCCCAUGGCUUGUGAUGGGCUGAGAACCAUCUGUGUGGCAUACAGGGACUUUCCUGCUGAGGGCGGAGAGCCAGUCUGGGACAAUGAGAAUGAAAUUCUAAAUGAGCUCACCUGCAUCGCUGUUGUUGGCAUUGAGGACCCCGUCAGACCUGAGGUACCAGAGGCUAUUUCUAAGUGCCAGCGCGCAGGCAUCACUGUACGCAUGGUUACUGGAGAUAACAUCAACACAGCCCGGGCUAUUGCAACCAAAUGUGGCAUCUUGCUGCCCGGGGAGGAUUUCCUGUGUCUGGAGGGCAAGGAGUUCAACCAGCAGAUAAGAAACGAUCAAGGAGAGGUGGAACAAGAACGUCUGGACAAAGUUUGGCCUAAACUGCGUGUUUUGGCUCGUUCUUCACCAACAGACAAACACACCCUGGUCAAAGGCAUCAUUGACAGCACGGUUGGCGAAACCCGACAGGUGGUGGCAGUGACGGGAGACGGCACCAACGAUGGCCCCGCCCUCAAAAAAGCUGAUGUUGGCUUUGCUAUGGGAAUCGCCGGCACAGACGUGGCAAAGGAGGCAUCUGACAUCAUCCUGACCGACGACAACUUCACCAGCAUCGUCAAAGCCGUUAUGUGGGGGAGGAACGUCUACGACAGCAUCUCCAAGUUCCUGCAGUUCCAGCUGACUGUCAACGUGGUUGCUGUGAUCGUGGCGUUCACUGGCGCAUGCAUCACACAGGAUUCACCUCUGAAGGCUGUCCAGAUGCUCUGGGUGAACCUCAUCAUGGACACUCUGGCGUCUCUUGCUCUGGCCACUGAACCACCGACUGAUUCCCUGCUCCUACGUAGACCUUACGGCCGCAACAAGCCACUCAUCUCCAGGACCAUGAUGAAGAACAUCCUUGGCCAUGCCGUGUACCAGCUUGUCAUCAUCUUCACUCUACUCUUUGCCGGUGAGAAAAUUUUCGACAUCGACAACGGCCGCAACUCUCCCCUGCACUCGCCGCCAUCCGAGCACUACACCAUUGUGUUCAACGUGUUCGUUAUGAUGCAGCUCUUCAACGAGAUCAACGCCAGGAAGAUCCACGGCGAGAGGAAUGUGUUUGAGGGGAUUUACAGGAACCCCAUCUUUUGCAGUGUCGUACUGGGAACCUUUUGCCUGCAGAUCAUCAUUGUUCAGUUUGGAGGGAAGCCAUUCUCUUGCACUGCUCUGACCAUCGACCACUGGCUAUGGUGUGUGUUCAUCGGUGUGGGAGAGCUGCUGUGGGGACAGCUGGUCACGUCUGUCCCAACCCACCGCCUGAAGUUCCUGAAGGAGGCCGGUCACGGCACCACAAAGGAGGAGAUCCAUGAGGAAGAGCUAACGGAGGGUGCUGAUGAGAUCGACCACGCUGAAAUGGAGCUGAGGAGAGGCCAGAUCCUCUGGUUCAGAGGUCUGAACCGCAUCCAGACACAGAUGGAUGUGGUCUAUACCUUCCAGACGGGCCAGGCGGCGGUGCCAGGUGCCCUGCGCCGCCAGCCGUCCGUUGUCAGCCAGCACAAUGACAUUAAGGUGGUGAACGCUUUCCGUAGCUCCCUGUACGCGGGGCUGGAGAGCCCAGAGUCCCGUAACUCCAUCCACAGCUUCAUGGCCCAUCCCGAGUUUGUUCCCCUGUCUGAGGAGGAGGCUCGCAUCCCCCCCAUCGAGGAGACUGGUGACGAGAUUGAACCCCUCCCCAGCUCCUCCUCUGGGGCAAGUGGAGGAGGAGAACCACCUAGCACCUUCCCCCAAAGCUGCGAGUCAUCCAUCUGAGCUCCUCCUCCUCCUCCUCCUCCUCCUCCCCCUCUCCUCUUCAUUAGCUUCAUGUGUCAUCCCAUCAACUGAAGUGUCGCACUGAGGAGGGAAGUCAUCACUCUGUUCAUCCCUUCAUUUUGCACGCACACGCGCCUCACGACGUCUUCACCCCUGUCAGUCAUAUCUGCCUCGUUGUGUCCCUCACACUGACUGUGGCGUUGUUUUGUCUGUAAGUCUGUCCCUCCAUCGCUACCACACACCAAUCAGUGGAGGUGGAAUCCAGAGUCUCCACAGUGGAAGGCCUGUCCUGUUGUCCUUCAUUUAUAUUUUUUUACCUGAUGAUCCUUUUGCAAAGCUUUUAAACUAUGUUGGGUUCGAUCUUUGUGGGACUCGCAGCAGCAGCAGCAGCAGCAGCAGCAGCAGCAUGUCAUGUUCUGUACUCGCUACAUUCCUGCUUACGGCUCUCAAAUAUGGCACUGAACUUUCCAACGAGUGCAACGAUUCUCAUGUACAUACGCUUCUGCUCGUCUACACAGCUAACAGUCAGGUUUGGUGAUCAGAAGAUUUUUAGGCAAAUGCAAAAAUGUAACCUUUUAUUAUUUUAUUUUUUUCUUUGAGAUGUUUGACAUCUGUUUUUGUUUUUAAAAUCUCUCUUAACGAAUGUCAAUUGAUGGUUGAUUCAAACUCCUGGGAAUGUCUUGUGAGUGUGACACUACAGUCUUCAAGUUUCCGCUGUUAAAGAAAAUGUUCUUCCCUUUAUCGUGUCUGAAUGUGUUGGUUUUUCUUUUUACCUGCUGUGUUGCAUGUGGAGGCAGAAUGUUUACUACCCACAUAUAUUGACCAUAGGUGUGUCCAGAGAAGGGCGGGAGCCUGACCACAUCUCACCCAGUUAGGGUUCUGGUUCUCUCUCUGCCCCCCCCUCCCCCUCUACGUCCAUAGUGUCGGUAGAAAACAGCAUGUUAUGUUUAAUUCGUGUUGAGUCGCAUGAUAGCUCGGAAUGAAUAUUUGGGAUUAUGUUAGAUGAUCUGUGUGUUAGUCUGCAGCGACAUCUGUUCAGAGAACUUCCUGUCUGUAGAUCUAAACUUCCUGUCACCACAACAGGACAAAUCAGACUCACCGUUGUACUUCACAGCAGCUGACGUGUUCAUAUAUCGACAUGCUCCUCACAGUGGCUCACUUGCAGGCAGAAUUCAAUCCCUAAAACCAUUUUAGAACACAUACAAAAACUAUUAAGUCUCCAAACAUCGAAACCUACACUUAGGGUCGGGAUUAUAAUUCAUUCUCUGCCACAGUCUUAAACAGUAAUUUUUAUCAUUCUUCUUAUUCCUCUUUCUCUCUCUCUCUCUCCCUCUGUAAUUUGGCAUUUCACUCUUGACAAGCUCAAAUAAGAGUUAUGUCCAUCCUCUUUUUAAGUUUUUUUUUUGCAUUUGGUGUCAGUGAAAAUAUUUAGCUCAAAUCUGUCAGGUUUGGACACUCCCGUCCCAGGAUGAGACAUAUUCCUAUUGCUUCUGUAUUUAUUCUAUUCAUCGUCUUGGACAGUGUUGCAGUGGCACCACAUAAGCACGUUAUCCCAAUGUGUUUGAAGAGUAGGUGGGGAUGUAUAAUUCCUACAGAUGUCAAUCCUCCCACCCAGACAUGUCCACAAUCCAUCCUUCAUGUGUCCUGAUGAGAUGAUAAACCACCUGAGCAUGAAGGAGCGGCAGGUCUCGUGAGAUCUGACCUCCUCAUGUCUGCCAUCUCAUUCUUUAAACCAGAGCUCAGUGUGACAGUCUGAAUGUAGAUUGUGGAGCUUCAUCUCCACCUCAGCUUACUCUUCCCAACGACCCCAACAUGCAUGACUUUGAUUUUCCAUUUCAUUUUUUUUAUUUUAUCAGUGAAUGAAGACUUGUCUCAAAAUCUAACCAGAGCUCUACGAUCUUCUCUUGUUCAACCCUGUGGACAGGCUGUUGUCUCAGUUUUCACCAUCCAGGACAAGUUCAUUUCCAUUCUUUUCCUUUUGUGUUUCCAUUGUCUUCAUGUGUCAUAAAACCACCCACUAAAAAAAAUUAUUUUCUCAAGAGUGAAUGUGCAUUAAAACGGAAAGGAAUCCUGUCUGGUUGGGUCUGUUUUGCAUCUCGGUGCAAGUAGUUCACCUCAACAGAAAGGAAGUUAAUGGAUCUCUGAACAGAGUCUGCACGUCUGUCUGUCUGUCUGUGUUUAAGACAAAUCUUAGUACUGCAUCUGAUGUUUCCUCUGUUUGUCAGGUUUCACUAACAGAAACUGAAUGGGCCGUCAGUGACAUGCCACAGGCAGCAGCAGAGGAGAUGUUAGAUCAUCUUCAUCCCUCUGUGCUCUGUGGCCUUUGAUUAACACACACGUCACUGUGGCGGCCAUGCUGAGGUUUAUGGAAGACUGAUGAUUUCAGCCUGUAGAGUUAAAUCCACUGUGUGACCCUGCUGCCGAUCAGUUCUUCGUGCCUGCCGUGUCCGCAGAUUACCGUCUUAAAAGAAGAAGGAGUCGUCCUCCAAUCAGAAACAGCAACGCGUCUAAUCCCCUCUUAGUCCGACUAGCAGCCAUCGAUUGAUCUAUGAACUAGGAUACAUUAUUGUAGUCGUGUGCUACUACUGCCAUAUUUCCAACUCUUUUGUCAUGACUUGGUUCUUCCUCCCCUCUGAUGAGCUUUUUCUAUGUAACUCAGAGCCAUAUUUUAUAGGUUGUCUGUAUUGUUUUUUAUCUCAUCAUUAUCAAGGUUUCCGUUGGACUUCCUCGCCCAUGACCCUGCCCCCACUACUCCUCCCCACCCCGGCCCUUUACGUCAAACAUGACCAAAAAGCAAGGAGAAAUUCUUCAGUCGUCACUGCCGAACCAAGUUUAAAGGACCUCUAACAAUGUUUACAUGCAAAGCGAUUGGGUGGCAGUUUGCCUGUGCUUCUCUCAUCCGACCACUUCCCUUUCAUUCCCUUGCUUUCCUGAUACUUAAAGUUACUAUUUAACUAAAUGGGGAAACUUUCUUGCAUGGUUUUCAUAUAAAAUUCAAUGUUUUCUUCAUUUUUUACAAUUCUUCUGUAUUUUUAUAUUAAGUAAUUUUUAAUAUUUUGGAGAUAUAUGAAUAUAUAUGUAUAGGCUGAGGAGUUUGGUGACAGUAUAGUUCAUGAAUGAGAUGAAUCUGCCGUGGACUCUGUCUUUUUACAGCUCUCUAAAUAUUAAUGCCACGUGUGUCGUCUUGGUCACCUGAUGUUAGGGCUCAGAAAUCUGCAGUGACUUGUUUACUUCCUGUUGGCCGUUCAAUUGGAAUCUCAAUAAUCUCGUCUCAUCCGCCCCUCCCCCCCCCGUUUCCGAGUAUAUCCACUUUAUCUAAAUGUUUUCGACACACUACACGCUGUGUGAUUUCUAAGUUAUCCAAACUCCAUUAGAGUUCAGCGAAUGCAACAUGACUACAGCUAACUGUAACAAACAUUAAAUGGGAGUGUAUAAUUAUUUAUCCAACCUCUGGAUUUCUUUGUUUUCUUGAAGCUACUAUGACUGAUUUCUUUGACUGAAUGGAUUCAUGCUGUUUCCAACUGGCCGGUGAUGGCGCUUUGACCACUUUGCAAACAUGUAACCUGACAACAAGAGGAUCAAAGCUGAGUCCCAAUUCAGGAUCCGCCGCCUUCAAAUGGGCCAGUCCUACACAGAUGUGUCCUCACUGAAGACCAGAGUUGGUCCAAAACAGAAUGUUUUGACCCCCAAAUAAACCCAAGAAAAUAAACUCCCAACAACUAAUUUGCAGACAGGAAUGUGAUACUAUGAUAAUCAAAUCAAACUCAAGCAUUAUUCAGAACAAAUGCCAAGAGUCAGUGCAGGUGUGACGUGUUUCAUUUCAAAAUGCUUCUACAUCCGUGGGCCUUGGCUUGGUAGGGACGCUGUCACGAAACAAGCAGGUCAGAAGGUGAAAAUUAUCCAAAACCUGGGGUGAUACAGGAUUUUUUUGGUUUAAUGCUUACAAAACUAAUUUGGUUUUUAUAUCGAUAGUCUCAACAAUGAUUUUGCAUAGACCAGGUAUCUUGUGUCAGGCUUUUAAUCCUCACAAAUUAUAGUUAACACUUACUGCAUUGAGGUGGAGGUAGUGUGGAGGGUGUCCAAUCAUACCUAGGGCCCUAAAGAUGCUCAGAGCACCUCUGGACGAUAUGUUGUGUUGUCUUAAUUUAGGCCAAAGAACCAAAAAGACGCCACAGUUUCAUUCCUGACAUUUUUAUAUGGGACAUUUAAGGAGGCGGGGCCUGUGACGGGACGCAGCUGCAGCUGUAGCUGUCAUCACCAUUUUAUACAACUAACAUUUCAUCCCAUGACAAGAGCGGGACUGCCAAAGUGCUCGUGACAUGACUUUCAGUGUGUCCUUUGGCUGCAAAAGAGACACACUCUCGACACGAAUGACGACGCGUUUCCUCUUCUUUCUUUCUUUCUUUUUUUUUUUUUUUAUUCUAUGGCUGAACCUGAACAGAACACAUGUGCUCCUACAAUCAGUGCAAAGUUAAUAUUGUCAUAAAAGUGAAUGGAGUGAAUUGAUCAUGCUGUCAAGUGUGUCAGUGACAGGAAAUGGGAGACGGGGGCAAUCAGCCAAUCAUCACCCAGCAAAGCUUUAAGAGUUCUCUGCCAAAGCUGUUUCCUCAUUGCUUUUCUUCUUCUUCUGCACAACCCUGUGCCCCCCUCCCCCCACCCUCCAUCCCCCUAUCCUGGAUGAGACUGUCCCUCUGCUGUUGCCAUGACGUUGGUGUGGCUGUGGUGGUCAUCUGCUGGACUGGUCGCCCCUCACGUCUUCAUGCCAGUUGCACAGCACAGACCCACCGUCAGAGAUGCUCUCGACCUUUUUUGUGUUUCCUGGUUUCAGCCACGUCCCAAACAAAAAAAAAAAAAAACAGGAUGAGUCUCAGCUACGGACUGAAAGUCUUCACCUGGUUUGAGUUUUCUGAGGGUUUACUUUGUGGAGUCAUACAAGAGCUAAGUUUGCCCGUUUUGCAUUAGGACGUGUACAUGGAGAAGGAACUCGCUUCUUAUCCAGUCAUUGUUGCAUUUUGGCUGCGUCGUUUCCUCUUCAGAGCGCUGCCUUUUUUCUCAGAACAGCUUCCAGCAGUCGGAUAUGAAAGGAAAUCUACGGAGAAACUUUACAUCCUCUUCAGAAAUCAAAAAUUCAAAAGAAAAAACAAAAAAAAAGGAACAAAGAACUGGAAUAUCACACCUGGAAUAGUCAUAAUCACUCCACAGCAUAUAUCUCUAUAUAUUUAUAUCUAUAUAUAUAUAUAUUAGAUGUAAAUAAAUAGACGUAUGACAUGAAUGGUUUCUCAGUUGACCUUUGCAAAAAAGACUGAAAAAGAAUUUGUUUUCUGUAACUACUAUGAUACACAGUAAUAGGCGUUGGUGUUAUUUUUGUAUAAACAUAAUAUCACCUAUGUGGCAUGCAUGACAUAUAUACAAAAUUUGGUGGUUUAAAGCAAUAUGUCCAACCUGGUGCGAUUGGUUCCGUCGUGUUCUGUGUAGCCUAAAGCCACUCUUUUACCGAAAGAGAUUUAAAAAGAAAAAAAGGACAAAAAAAAUACAGAAGAAAGAAUAACUGCAUUUGGAUAAAAACUUAACUGUUCAGUAUAUGUGUUUAAUGUUCUGUGUUCUGCAUGUUUUUGUAAGGAAUGAAACAUCCCAAAAUGUUGACUCGUGUUCCAAAUGAAUCUCAAACACAUCCCCCGCCCCCGCCCACCCCCUCCUGGAAACACAUGCAACAUAACACACACACACAAACAUACAGAGACUCACACACACACACACAUGUAUUUGCACUGUGAGGUGAAACACACUGAGGAAAUUAAAACUGUGACUUCUGAUGGAUGUAUAUGAUGAAAGAUGAAGAUUUGUCCUUUUUUUGUCCCUCCCAUUGUCUCAUUUUAUCCAGAAACAGAUUUUCCCGCUGUUUCUCAGCCUCCCCUGAACUCAUCACACACAUCUGUGCAGUGAGAGGAUGAGGAGGGAGACAGGGUGACAGUUAGUAGGCCUUCAUGUUAGUGUGUGUGUGUGUGAUCUGCACGUAUGUCAUCAUCAUCAUCAUCUCACCAAUCACAUCCAUUCAUACUUUACAUUAUCCUCCUGCUGAUGAGAAGAAAGAUGAGGAUAUUGGAGUUUGUUGCUCGCCGUUAAACAUCGGCGUUGAUGAGAUAAUUUCGUCCAACUGUAACAGUUUCCCCGAGUACAAUAUGAACUCUCCAGAUUCCACAUCUAACAAAAUGUGUCAUUCAUUUUUAAAAAAGAAUUAAUUAAAUAUCUUGUAUGUUGCAUAUCUUGGUUGAAGCUCUGUAACAAUCAGAUUCAACAGAUCCGAGAUUAAAAUGUUGGUUUAUGUAAAUGA